GACUCUUGCGUGGACUCUGCUUCUUAGUCUUUCUUGCAACCGCAAAACGGCUAUCACAUUCACAUACUCUCUCUGCUCUGCAAAGCUCAGCCUCAGACAUCUCUGAACGCUUCUCCUCCGAUUUUCUCUCGAGUUCAACAAACUAUUCUGAAGCUUGUGAUGUAACAUUUCUAAGUCUUUCUGGCUUCUCUGCUCCGUGCUUUCCCUCUGGUUUGAUUCCCAAGAAAGGGAAGGAAAAAUGACAAGGGCCUUGGGAAAGAAAGCCUUUUACGCGGUUUGAAACCAUCAACACAUGUUCGUGGCCCGACCUGAAUCUUGUUCUGUACUCAAUAAAUUGCUUCUCUUUCUAUAGCUUAGAUUUUCUCUCUGGCUGAAUAAGAGGGCUAAUGAUGGAUGCCAAGGGACAAAAAAUUGUGAGGUUUAAGGACUGGAGUUCAGAAUCAUCUUCCAGUGCGGAGAUAACAAAUUCUGCUGAUGCUGGAUAUCGUCAGAGAAAAGCUGGACCAAGAGUAAGAGCUGUGUUUAAGAAUAUUCGAAGAAGAAUCCAGAGAAGGCUUGAGAAGAUUAGAACCCUGAGAAAACCUAUAAAUUUGCAUCCAAUAAGUGAUGCAGCGACCAAGAAAUCAGUUUCGAAGAGGAAGAUUCUUGAUCCACAGGGGUCUUUCCUUCAGAAAUGGAACAAAAUAUUUGUGAUCACAUGUGUACUGGCAGUAUCAGUGGAUCCUCUGUUCUUCUACAGCCCAGUUGUUGAUAACGAAAGAAAAUGCCUUGAUAUGAAUAGACCAUUGCAGAUCACUGCCAGUGCCCUUCGUACAUUCUUUGACCUUUUCUACAUUCUCCACAUAACAUUUCAGUUUCAAACGGGCUUUAUCGCCCCUUCUUCUCGAGUAUUUGGUAGGGGUGAGCUCGUUGAUGAUCCUCAGGCUAUUGCAAAAAGAUACCUAUCUUCAUUCUUCAUCAUUGACAUCCUGUCAAUUAUUCCAGUUCCACAGGCGGUUGUUUUAGCCAUGAGACGUUCAGCUCCAUCUCUAGAAAAGGACUGGUUAGAAUAUGCAAUAUUAAUCCAAUAUGUCCCCAGAUUUCUUCGGAUCUAUCCAUUAUUCACAGAAGUUACUAGAACUUCUGGCAUACUGACUGAGACAGCAUGGGCCGGCGCUGCUUAUAAUCUCUUUCUCUAUAUGCUAGCAAGUCAUGUGGUUGGAGCUUUCUGGUACCUGUUUUCAGUAGAAUCAGAGCUUCGGUGCUGGCACAGAGAAUUGAAGAUUGCUAAUUUGUCUACACACAUGCGCUGUCGAUACCGGAAUCCAGAUGUCAUAGCACGUCUCAAUAAUUCUUGUCCCUUCAAGGAUCCUGACAAAAUUUACAACCCCAGAGUCUUCAAUUUCGGAAUAUUUACCGACGCUUUACAAUCUCGUGUGGUGGAGUCGACAACGGAUUUUCCUCAAAAGAUCUUCUUCUGCUUUUGGUGGGGUUUGCGCAAUGUAAGUUCUCUGGGACAAAAUCUCAAGACAAGUACAUAUGUCGGGGAGAUCAUCUUUGCUUGCUUCAUCGCAAUCUUUGGGUUGGUUUUGUUCUCAUUGCUCAUUGGAAACAUGCAGAAAUAUCUACAAUCUGUGACUGUUAGAGUUGAAGAAAUGAGAAUCAAGAGGCGGGACGCAGAGCGGUGGAUGUCCCACCGUAUGCUACCUGAGCACUUGAGGGAAAGAAUCAGGCGGUAUGAGCAUUACAAAUGGCAAGAAAACAGGGGAGUGGAUGAGGAAACAUUAAUCCAAAAUCUUCCUAAAGAUCUCAGAAGAGACAUAAAGCGUCAUCUUUGCUUGGAUUUACUUAAGAAAGUGCCAAUGUUUGAGAAAAUGGAUGAGCAAUUGUUGGAUGCACUUUGUGACAGGCUGAAGCCAGUACUGUAUACAGAAAAGAGCGCCAUUAUUCGCGAAGGAGAUCCAGUGGAUCAAAUGCUAUUCAUUAUGCGAGGAAACCUUGCAACUAUGACGACAAACGGUGGAAGAACUGGUUUUUUCAAUUCCUUCGUUAUUAAGGCAGGUGACUUCUGUGGGGAGGAGCUUUUAACAUGGGCCUUGGACCCCAACUCAUCCUCAAAUCUUCCCAUUUCAACCAGAACAGUAGAAUCUUUAUCAGAAGUUGAAGCCUUCGCUCUCAUGGCUGAUGACUUGAAGCUCGUUGCUUCCCAAUUUCGACGCCUUCACAACAAACACAUCCAGCACACUUUCAGGUACUAUUCCCUGCAAUGGAGGACAUGGGCGGCCUGUUUCAUACAAGUAGCUUGGCGUCGCCACUGUAAAAGGAAGAUUGAGAAAUCUUUACGUGAAGCAGAAAACAGGCUACAAGAUGCUUUGGCGAAAGAGGAAGGUUCUUCUGUAAGUUUCGGUGCCACCAUAUAUGCAUCAAGGUUUGCUGCCAAUGCCUUACGCAGGCUGCGAAAGAAGGGGGAACGAAACAACAGAAUGCCUCAGAGAUUGCUUCCUCUGCUGCCUCAGAAGCCAACUGAGCCUGAUUUCACCGCGCAAUCUUUAGGAUAAUCUUAGUUUAGGGUGAUUACAAUGUGAAAAUGUACAUGUCAAACAGAAAAGUUGUGUGAAAACGUAUUGAUGGUUUGCUUAGAGGCUAAAUUUUUAUCAAGACUUGCGAUGGCUUGGACUGCAAGAAAAUAUCUUAGGAGAAGAGGCUAUUAAAAGUGGUGGCAGUAGUGGGUAUUAUGUAUGAAAAAUAAAGUGUGUAUGAGAUUUUUCUUUCUUAGUUUC